UGUGCUGCUGCAGGGUAACAUCUGGACUUGACUCUGGCCGUUCGAAUGCUAGGCUGCCCACAAGUUCUGGGAUCACCUUGUUGAAAACCGACCUCUUAAGUGAGAGCCUUCAACUCGUCCAGAAAGAUGGUGGCCCUAUCCUUAAAGAUCUGUGUCCGCCACUGCAACGUGGUGAAGACCAUGCAGUUCGAACCGUCCACGGCCGUGUAUGAUGCCUGCCGGGUCAUUCGGGAGAGGGUACCCGAGGCACAGACGGGCCAAGCUUCUGACUAUGGGCUCUUCCUGUCGGAUGAAGACCCCCGGAAGGGCAUCUGGCUGGAAGCGGGUCGGACACUGGAUUACUACAUGCUGCGAAACGGGGACAUUUUGGAAUACAAAAAGAAGCAGAGACCCCAGAAAAUCCGGAUGCUGGAUGGCUCGGUGAAGACCGUGAUGGUGGAUGACUCUAAGACCGUCGGCGAGCUCCUGGUGACCAUUUGCAGCCGCAUCGGAAUAACGAACUAUGAAGAAUACUCACUAAUCCAAGAAACCAUGGACGAGAAGAAAGAGGAAGGAACAGGCACGCUCAAAAAGGACCGGACGCUGUUACGCGAUGAGCGGAAAAUGGAGAAGCUCAAGGCCAAGCUUCACACAGACGAUGACCUCAAUUGGCUGGAUCACAGCCGGACGUUCAGAGAACAAGGAGUCGAUGAAAAUGAAACCUUGCUGCUUCGACGGAAGUUCUUUUACUCGGAUCAGAACGUGGAUUCCAGGGACCCCGUGCAGCUAAACUUGCUGUAUGUGCAGGCUCGGGAUGACAUCCUGAAUGGCUCCCACCCUGUCUCCUUCGAAAAGGCUUGUGAGUUUGGUGGAUUUCAAGCCCAGAUACAGUUUGGACCUCAUGUGGACCAUAAGCAUAAACCUGGAUUCUUAGAAUUCCUGUAUGAAAGCCGCAGAGAGCAUAAGAACUGUGGAGAGAUGAGUGAAAUCGAAGCCAAGGUCAAGUAUGUCAAACUCGCCCGGUCCUUGCGGACAUACGGUGUGUCCUUUUUCCUGGUGAAGGAAAAGAUGAAAGGCAAGAACAAGCUGGCGCCCCGCCUGCUGGGCAUCACCAAGGACUCGGUGAUGCGUGUGGAUGAGAAGACCAAGGAGGUGCUGCAAGAGUGGCCCCUGACCACGGUCAAGCGCUGGGCAGCCUCACCCAAGAGCUUCACGCUGGAUUUUGGAGAGUAUCAGGAAAGCUACUAUUCAGUACAGACAACUGAGGGGGAGCAAAUAUCCCAACUGAUUGCAGGCUACAUCGACAUCAUCCUCAAAAAGAAACAAAGCAAAGAUAGAUUUGGAUUAGAGGGUGAUGAGGAGUCUACUAUGUUAGAAGAAUCUGUCUCCCCCAAAAAGUCCACCAUCUUGCAGCAGCAGUUCAAUCGCACCGGGAAGGUGGAGCAUGGCUCCGUGGCGCUGCCCGCCGUCAUGCGUUCGGGCUCCAGUGGACCCGAGACCUUCAACGUGGGUAGCAUGCCCUCCCCGCAGCAGCAGGUCAUGGUUGGGCAGAUGCACCGAGGCCACAUGCCCCCUCUGACCUCGGCCCAGCAGGCCCUCAUGGGGACCAUCAACACGAGCAUGCACGCUGUCCAGCAGGCCCAGGACGACCUCGGCAAGGUCGACUCACUGCCCCCGCUCGGCCAGGAUAUGGCAUCUAGAGUGUGGGUUCAGAACAAAGUCGACGAAUCCAAACAUGAGAUCCACUCUCAGGUCGACGCCAUCACAGCGGGAACAGCGUCAGUUGUUAACCUCACAGCCGGUGACCCGGCGGACACCGACUACACCGCAGUGGGAUGUGCAAUCACGACAAUUUCUUCCAACCUGACGGAGAUGUCCAAGGGCGUGAAGCUGCUGGCAGCCCUCAUGGAUGAUGAGGUGGGCAGCGGGGAGGACUUGCUGAGAGCUGCCAGGACCCUCGCUGGGGCAGUGUCGGACUUGCUGAAAGCUGUACAGCCGACUUCUGGAGAGCCUCGGCAGACAGUGCUGACUGCCGCUGGAAGUAUCGGACAAGCCAGUGGAGAUCUUCUGAGACAGAUUGGAGAACAUGAGACGGAUGAACGAUUCCAAGAUGUUUUAAUGAGUUUGGCCAAAGCUGUUGCCAAUGCUGCUGCCAUGUUGGUACUAAAGGCGAAGAACGUUGCCCAGGUGGCUGAGGAUACCGUCCUGCAGAACAGGGUAAUUGCUGCCGCCACCCAGUGUGCCCUCUCCACCUCCCAGCUGGUGGCAUGUGCUAAGGUGGUGAGCCCCACCAUCAGCUCCCCCGUGUGCCAGGAGCAGCUGAUUGAGGCGGGCAAGCUUGUGGACCGCUCGGUGGAGAACUGCGUGCGCGCGUGCCAGGCGGCCACCAACGACAGCGAACUCCUGAAGCAGGUCAGCGCGGCGGCCAGCGUGGUCAGUCAGGCCCUGCACGACCUCCUGCAGCACGUGCGGCAGUUUGCCAGCCGAGGCGAGCCCAUCGGCCGCUACGACCAGGCCACCGACACCAUCAUGUGUGUCACCGAGAGCAUCUUCAGCUCCAUGGGCGAUGCUGGUGAGAUGGUGCGUCAGGCCCGAGUCCUGGCCCAAGCCACCUCAGACCUGGUCAAUGCCAUGAGGUCCGACGCGGAAGCUGAAAUCGACAUGGAGAACUCCAAGAAGCUUCUGGCAGCAGCAAAGCUCCUGGCUGACUCUACUGCUCGCAUGGUGGAAGCCGCAAAGGGGGCUGCGGCCAACCCGGACAACGAGGACCAGCAGCAGCGGCUGAGGGAGGCGGCCGAAGGUCUCCGCGUAGCCACCAACGCUGCCGCCCAGAACGCCAUCAAGAAGAAGAUCGUCAACCGGCUGGAGGUGGCAGCCAAGCAGGCUGCAGCUGCAGCCACGCAGACCAUCGCCGCCUCCCAGAACGCAGCCAUCUCCAACAAGAACCCUGCGGCCCAGCAGCAGCUGGUCCAGAGCUGUAAGGCUGUGGCUGAUCAUAUACCUCAGCUGGUCCAGGGGGUGAGAGGAAGCCAAGCGCAGGCGGAAGAUCUCAGUGCCCAACUGGCCCUCAUCAUCUCCAGCCAGAACUUCCUCCAGCCCGGAAGCAAGAUGGUGUCUUCCGCCAAAGCCGCGGUGCCCACUGUGAGUGAUCAGGCUGCGGCCAUGCAGCUGAGUCAGUGUGCCAAGAACCUUGCCACUAGUUUGGCAGAGCUACGUACUGCCUCCCAGAAGGCCCACGAAGCCUGUGGUCCCAUGGAAAUUGAUUCAGCUCUGAGCACCGUGCAGACCCUCAAGAAUGAACUGCAGGAUGCCAAGAUGGCUGCCGUGGAGCGUCAGCUGAAGCCACUGCCCGGAGAAACGCUGGAAAAAUGUGCCCAGGAUCUGGGAAGCACGUCCAAAGCGGUGGGCUCCUCCAUGGCGCAGCUGCUCACCUGUGCGGCGCAAGGCAACGAGCAUUACACAGGAGUGGCUGCGAGAGAAACCGCCCAAGCUCUGAAAAUACUGGCCCAAGCUGCCCGUGGAGUGGCCGCCUCUACCAGUGACCCCACAGCCACGCACGCCAUGCUCGAUUCAGCUCGAGACGUGAUGGAGGGCUCAGCCAUGCUCAUUCAAGAAGCCAAGCAGGCCCUGGCUGCACCUGGAGAUGCGGAGAGUCAGCAGAGGCUAGCCCAGGUGGCCAAGGCUGUCUCCCACUCUCUGAACAACUGUGUGAACUGCCUCCCCGGGCAGAAGGAUGUGGACGUGGCCCUGAAGAGCAUCGGUGAAUCCAGCAAGAAGCUGCUUGUGGAUUCGCUCCCUCCCAGCACGAAGCCUUUCCAAGAGGCCCAGAGCGAGCUGAACCAGGCAGCGGCGGAUCUGAACCAGUCGGCGGGGGAAGUGGUCCAUGCCACCCGGGGCCAAAGCGGGGAGCUGGCCGCCGCCUCCGGAAAGUUCAGUGAUGAUUUUGAUGAAUUCCUUGACGCUGGCAUUGAGAUGGCUGGCCAGGCUCAGACCAAAGAAGACCAGAUCCAGGUCAUUGGGAACCUCAAGAACAUCUCCAUGGCCUCCAGCAAGCUGUUGUUAGCAGCCAAGUCUCUCUCUGUGGAUCCAGGGGCCCCCAAUGCGAAAAACCUCCUGGCGGCAGCAGCAAGAGCUGUGACGGAGAGCAUCAACCAGCUCAUCACUCUGUGCACCCAGCAAGCUCCUGGCCAGAAAGAGUGUGACAACGCUCUCCGUGAGCUCGAGACCGUGAAGGGGAUGCUGGAUAACCCUAAUGAACCUGUGAGCGACCUCUCCUACUUCGACUGCAUUGAGAGUGUGAUGGAAAACUCCAAGGUGCUGGGAGAGUCGAUGGCAGGCAUUUCCCAGAACGCCAAGACGGGGGACCUCCCUGCCUUUGGGGAGUGUGUGGGGGUCGCCUCCAAGGCCCUCUGUGGACUCACAGAGGCUGCAGCCCAGGCCCUGGACGGGGAUUUCUCCGAAGACAACCGCAACAAGUGCCGCAUUGCCACCGCGCCCCUGAUCGAAGCCGUGGAGAACCUGACGGCGUUUGCGUCCAACCCCGAGUUUGUCAGUGUUCCGGCCCAGAUCAGCUCCGAGGGUUCCCGAGCACAGGAACCGAUCCUGGCCUCGGCCAAGACCAUGCUGGAAAGCUCAUCACACCUCAUCCGCACCGCCCGCUCCCUGGCCAUCAACCCCAAAGACCCGCCCACCUGGUCUGUGCUGGCGGGACACUCCCACACUGUGUCCGACGCCAUCAAGGGCCUCAUCACGUCCAUCAGAGACAAGGCCCCCGGGCAGAGGGAGUGUGACCACUCCAUCGAUGGCAUCAACCGGUGCAUCCGGGACAUCGAACAGGCGUCGCUGGCAGCUGUCAGUCAAAGCCUGGCCACAAGGGAUGACAUCUCGGUGGAGGCCCUGCAGGAGCAGCUGACUUCAGUGGUACAGGAAAUCGGACGUGAGUCAUCCAUCCUCAUCCCCACCCGCUCCCAGCCAGUGGGGCCCCUCAAGGAGACCCCUGUGCUUAUCUGCUACACCUGUGGACUUUUUUUUUCCCCCUCUUGGAAGGUCACACAGCUGGCGAGCUACUUCGAGCCCUUGAUCUUGGCGGCUGUCGGUGUUGCCUCCAAGAUUCUUGACCAUCAGCAGCAGAUGACGGUGCUGGACCAGACCAAGACACUAGCGGAGUCAGCCCUGCAGAUGUUGUAUGCAGCCAAAGAAGGUGGUGGGAACCCUAAGGCCCAGCACACACAUGAUGCCAUCCUAGAGGCUGCUCAGCUGAUGAAGGAGGCCGUGGACGACAUCAUGGUGACGCUGAACGAGGCAGCCAGUGAAGUGGGGCUGGUCGGAGGCAUGGUGGACGCCAUAGCAGAAGCCAUGAGCAAGCUGGGGGAAGGCACACCCCCGGAACCGAAGGGGACGUUCGUGGAUUACCAGACGACCGCGGUGAAAUACUCCAAGGCCGUCGCCGUAACCGCUCAGGAGAUGAUGACUAAAUCGGUUACUAACCCGGAAGAGUUGGGAGGACUGGCCUCACAAAUGACCAGUGACUAUGGGCACCUGGCUCUCCAGGGCCAGAUGGCAGCAGCUACGGCGGAGCCAGAAGAGAUCGGAUUCCAGAUCCGUACUCGGGUGCAGGACCUGGGCCACGGCUGCAUCUUCCUGGUCCAGAAGGCAGGGGCCCUCCAGGUGUGCCCCGCAGACAGCUACACCAAGAGAGAGCUGAUCGAGUGUGCCCGCGCUGUCACCGAAAAGGUGUCCCUGGUGCUGUCAGCUCUGCAGGCUGGGAACAAGGGGACCCAGGCAUGCAUCACAGCAGCCACUGCCGUGUCCGGGAUCAUCGCCGACCUGGACACCACCAUCAUGUUUGCAACGGCAGGGACCCUGAACGCAGAGAACAACGAGACCUUCGCCGACCACAGGGAGAACAUUCUGAAGACAGCCAAAGCCUUGGUGGAAGACACGAAAAUGCUCGUCUCCGGGGCCGCAUCCACCCCCGACAAGCUGGCCCAGGCGGCUCAGUCAUCCGCAGCCACCAUCACCCAGCUGGCCGAGGUGGUCAAGCUGGGAGCAGCCAGCCUGGGCUCCGAUGACCCUGAGACACAGGUGGUCCUGAUCAAUGCCAUCAAAGAUGUGGCCAAGGCCCUCUCUGAUCUCAUUGGUGCCACUAAGGGAGCUGCCAGCAAGCCUGCUGACGACCCCUCCAUGUACCAGCUGAAGGGCGCCGCCAAGGUGAUGGUGACCAAUGUCACCUCCCUCCUCAAGACUGUGAAGGCAGUGGAGGACGAGGCCACCCGAGGCACACGGGCACUGGAGGCCACCAUCGAGUACAUCAAGUCUAAUGUCCAGGUGUUCCAGUCAAAGGAGGUACCUGAAAAGACAUCGUCACCUGAAGAGUCGAUAAGGAUGACGAAAGGCAUCACCAUGGCAACAGCCAAGGCGGUGGCAGCUGGGAACUCGUGUCGACAGGAGGACGUGAUCGCCACAGCCAACCUGAGCCGGAACGCCGUGUCCGACAUGCUGACGGCUUGCAAGCAAGCGUCCUUCCACCCUGAGGUGAAGGAGGAGGUGCGCACCCGAGCCUUGCGGUACGGGACGGAGUGCAGCCUGGGGUACCUGGAUCUCCUAGAGCAUGUCCUGGUGAUUCUUCAGAAACCAACCCCAGAACUCAAGCACCAGUUGGCUGCUUUCUCCAAGCGAGUUGCCGGGGCGGUGACCGAACUCAUCCAAGCGGCAGAAGCCAUGAAAGGAACCGAGUGGGUGGAUCCGGAAGAUCCCACGGUCACGGCGGCGACGGAAUUACUGGGGGCCGCAGCGUCCAUUGAGGCUGCUGCGAAGAAACUGGAGCAGCUGAAACCAAGGGCAAAGCCAAAACAAGCGGAUGAGACCCUGGAUUUUGAAGAGCAGAUCUUGGAAGCCGCUAAAUCCAUUGCUGCUGCCACGAGCGCCCUGGUCAAAUCGGCCUCGGCAGCCCAGCGGGAGCUGGUGGCCCAAGGAAAGGUUGGCUCCAUCCCUGCCAAUGCUGCAGACGACGGCCAGUGGUCCCAGGGGCUGAUUUCUGCCGCCCGAAUGGUGGCAGCAGCGACCAGCAAUCUCUGCGAGGCAGCCAAUGCCUCGGUGCAGGGACACGCCAGCGAGGAGAAGCUCAUCUCAUCCGCCAAGCAAGUUGCUGCUUCCACGGCUCAGCUGCUUGUGGCCUGCAAGGUGAAGGCCGAUCAGGACUCAGAGGCCAUGAGGCGGCUACAGGCGGCAGGAAAUGCUGUGAAAAGAGCCUCAGACAAUCUUGUUCGCGCCGCCCAGAAGGCUGCCUUUGGCAAAGCGGAUGAUGACGAUGUUGUUGUGAAAACGAAAUUUGUAGGGGGCAUUGCUCAGAUCAUUGCUGCCCAGGAAGAAAUGCUCAAGAAAGAACGAGAACUGGAGGAAGCAAGGAAAAAACUGGCCCAGAUCCGCCAGCAGCAGUACAAAUUCUUGCCCACAGAGCUGAGGGAGGAUGAGGGCUAAAGUCAGAGACCCCUGGUGAGCCCCAGGGACCAGCACCCCAGGGACUGGACAGACAGUGUUCCUGAGAGGCUGGGCACUCACCCGGGGCGAGCCCAGAGCCCGGAGUGCUCUCUCGUCCUCACUGCUCCGCCCUUUGGGCCCCAGCUGCAUGAUCGUGCUGUCACACGGUACAGUGUCCCACCCACAGCUCCUCCGCCACCUCCCCCCACGCCUCCGCGUAUCUCAGGAGAGAGGGGCGCACGUCUCGUGGACUUUAUACCGAAGAAGAGAAGUCAGUAUUAUGUCGUCCUCCGACACUCUUGCUUUUGUUGGUCCUUCUCUACGGCUGUUCUUGGGCCCUUCUGUGAAAUCUUCAUAGGGGGAAAGAGCACGUGUUCAAUCCAGACCCAUCGUGUAGUCUGUGGCCCAGAAAACCGAGUGUUUUGUUUCUCCGUAACCCCAAGGG